UCCACAUCCCCUUUCUUUCAUUCCUCUCUCUUCCUCGCACGGUCACAUCCGCGACGGCGACGAACGGGAGAGAGAGAGAGAGAGAGAGAGAGAGAGAGAGGCGGCGGUGAAGCCAGCAGCAGCGGCGGAAGAGAACGACGCCGGUGGGCGCCUUUCGUCGGAUUCGCGUGCAAAUCAAGGUUGCGCGCGGCUCCGUCGACUGGUGCUCGUCGGUGUCCGCGAGGCGGGCGCGGACGCGGACGCGCACGAGCGUCCAAAACCGGCACGGCGACGGGCCUCCAACGCCGACAAGCGAGCGAGGAGGCGCAGCGAACCCGAGCACACCCGCGCAGCUGAGGGGCUUGCUCCGGCGCCGUCGUGGCUAGCGACGACGACGACGACGAGACCCUCAACCUAAGAACUUGCCAAAUAUAUUUGUUUUGCUACGAAAACUGAAAGUGAUUGAGCUGGAAUUCUUCUCUUGACUCCAACAACCUGACUGCUACUUCUAACUUCUAUCUACCAAGCACUUUGGACACCAGACCGAGAACUUGCUACAGCCCGGAAAAGGAUUGUAAUACAACUUCCUCGCUCAUUCAUAUUCCUCAAAAUUAGAAGAUGGCCCAUGAACAGGAGCUGAUCCUCAAGUUUGACACUAUGGUCGGUGAGGAGCGUGAAAAAAAGGAGCCAACUAAUCUUUUUGAAGGUUGGAGUGAUGAGGAAAAGGUAAGCUAUAUGAGGCAGUUGGAAUUCAAUCUUCCACAAUACAGUGAAGCACCUAAUCUUGAAGACAAGGAAGUCCAGGAUAGUGUAAUUUUUGAUGUCACAGAUCCAGAGAAAAUUCAGAAAAAUUAUGUUGCUUCAAUUGGUCAUUAUAGAUCCUGGCAAUAUGUUGGUUCCGACCGACGUUUUGAGUUUGGUUCAAAACAACGCACGUUUGUGACCAGAUCAACGGGAACAUUUGUAUUCUAUUAUAGAUACAAGCAUUUUCUUGUUGGCUUGAUCGUCGACGGACAAUGUGGUUGGGUGGAAGGUGCCAUAACCCGUAAUGUUCGUGAUGGCCUUGAGUCCGUGUUGCAAUUUGCUAGAAAAGGAUCUGCCCCAGAUUAUAUCAGAAGUGCAAGAACAUAUACUCUUGCCUAUGAUGGAAAUUAUACAAAGGGUGAAAAUAUUUCGAAAAUCAAAAUGGGAAUAUGGCAGCUGUGUAAUGCAAUAGAGGGAAUAGGAGAUUUUGUUCCUGGAAAGAGUAAGUCUGAACCUGAUCCUAUGAUGUGGCAAAUCUUGAUUCUUUAUGGUCCAGAAGCUGGGAGGAUCAACUAUAUAUUUGGUCGGACAAAUAUGUCUUUAUCUGUUGACAACGGAGUGCAUGUGGGAGUUAAGAUUCCUGCUGAUCUUGAGCCGUUUGUGCUGAAUUACUUGAAACUUUCCAAAUGUGCUAUUGCUGUGCUUGAUGGCAAGGGAUUUCUUCAUGUUAAGGGAACGACGCCAAGGAGUUUAUAUCAAGUUUUAUUGGCGGUUCUGAUACUAAGAAGAAAAGUGGUGUAUCCUACUCACUUCAUGCUUUCGGAUGCUCCCCCCCCAUGAAAUAUAAGCGAGAGGAGCCUGAUCAGGGGAAGAGGAGUAAGGCACUCACGGAUGAGCAAAAAUUGGAAGCUGCUAAUGCCAAAGGAACUACAUAUCAAGUUGGCAAACAUGAUGGAUCUUCUAUUUACCACACCGAGAAAUGGCUUAUUGACCCAUUGAAAGAGGAUAAGAGAUCCUUUCCAGAAAGGCCUGAGCUCAUGAUGGUCUUAAUAUGGCUAAGCCGGCUCUGGGGUCACCUCAGCAAAAAUGCUGUAGCACUAUCUGAUACUUCCGGUGUGCAACGCGGGUUAUCUAAUGAGAGUCUGAACCUGAAUGUUAAGAAAAAUCUUCUGGUUGCUGGAAUCCAACCUAGAAAUGCUCCUAGUGAGCAUCAUGGUCUUGAGAGGCUUGAAUUAGCUAAAGGACAAAAUGUGGCCCAGCAACACACCGCUUCAACCUUUAUCUUUUGUCCAGAAAGGUCGACUGCUGACCUGUGGUAUUGGGAGGUGUUGCAUCAGAAGUUAGAACAGAAAGACGAGAGCCCAAUAGGUGGCAGUGGUUUCUCCAUGAGGAAGUCUGGUGUAGCUUCAAGGACUGAAGAUGAACUCUGUUAUGGUGAGCCCAGAAGCAGGGUGCCUGUGGCCUUGGGAACUGAUAAUGGCAAAGUGCCCGAAAUCAUGAAAAGGCGUGGCAUCUCUAGAGAGACUGACAGAAUGGAUGCUCGCAAUAAGAAGGCCAAGUUAAUGGUUGCUGAGCAUGAACAAAGACACCGUGUUGACUCAAGUACACAAGGUUCACAUGCUAGCACAAUGGACGAGGCUGACUCUAACACUGAUAUCCUGACAAAUGUGCAUUUCAUGGCAAGGAACAAAGCAAUGUCGAUGCAUUUUGUGAAGUGCGACCCUGAAGGGACUGCAUAUGUUACUUUUGCUGACUAGGAAACUAUUGAGGGUGCUACUUCUUUGCCUGGGACGUCAUUCUCCUCUAGAUUUUUCACAGCAACCAAGAAAGGGGAGAGUCCACUGCCUGCCAGCUGCCUCUGUAACUGAAGAGCUGUGAGAGUGUAUGUUAACCAAAGAAAAUAGGCCUACUGAUCUAAACCUUGCCCUGCCAGGAACGAAACUGUGACAGAGCAUGUACUUGAUACAAAAUCGACAACUCAACAGUUACUGCUACCCAAACAUUUGCCUGUCUGUCUGACUGACCGCAGGAGUCUUCCCAGUUUUUGUUUUCUCGGGAUUUACCCUUGUUACAGAUACAGAUAGAUGAGGAAAAUUUGGUUGACAGGUAUGAAGAAACCUCUGAAAUUGGCCGAGGUUAUAUUUUUCCAUGGCAUGUGUCUGCGAUCCACAAAAUCAAUAGAAAGCAUGCCUUUUUCUGAAUGUGGUUGUGGUUGAAAAACAGAAGGGCAACCUGAUUAGUAGCAUCAGGAUGCAAUAUUUUUGCUCUUUGUGCUGGCUCGGAUUUCUAUGUGUGUAAUCUUGGUUUUGCGUUGCU